AUGGGCAUCCCUGGGCUACUGCAGUUCAUCAAGGAUGCAGGGGAGCCGAUCAAUGUGAAGAAAUACAAAGGCCACACGGUGGCCGUAGAUACAUACUGUUGGCUCCAUAAAGGAGCGUUUUCCUGUGCCGAGAAACUUGCUAAAGGAGAACCGACUGAUCAGUAUGUCUGGUACUGUAUGAAAUAUGUGGACAUGCUGUUUUCCUUCGGUGUGAACCCAAUUCUUGUAUUUGAUGGACGCAAUCUACCUUCAAAACGAGAAGUGGAAAAGGCACGCAGAGCGCGUCGAGAAGCUAACCUUCAGAAAGGCCGGCAGCUGCUACGAGACGGUAAACUUUCCGAGGCUAGAGACUGUUUUACCCGCUGUAUCAACAUCACUCCAGCUAUGGCCCAUAAUCUCAUCAAGGUCGCAAGGGCAAGGGGAGUAGACUGCAUUGUGGCGCCAUAUGAAGCUGAUGCUCAACUGGCUUACCUGACUAAGACUGGUUUGGCUCAUGCAGUCAUCACAGAGGACUCUGACCUUCUAGCAUUCGGCUGUAAAAAGGUGAUCCUAAAAAUGGACAAGCAGGGUAAUGGCCUGGAGAUUGACCAGAGUAACCUGGGCCGAUGUCGCUCUCUGGGCAACAUUUUCACAGAGCAGAAAUUUCGUUAUAUGUGCAUCCUGUCCGGCUGUGACUACUUGGCCUCCCUGCAUGGUAUUGGCCUGGGCAAAGCAUGUAAACUGCUGAAAUUGGCAAAAGACCCUGAUAUCAUAAAGGUGAUCAAGAAGAUGGGCCAGUACUUGAAAAUGGAUCUCGUAGUCCCUCAAGAGUAUAUCGAUGGAUUUGUCAAAGCCAAUGAGACGUUUCUUUACCAGUUAGUAUUUGAUCCUGUCAAUAAGAAGCUUGUCCCUCUUAACCCGUAUGAAGAGGACAUCAACCCGGCUCGUCUCAGCUAUGCUGGGGUCCCUGUCGAAGAUGACACAGCCUUCCAAAUGGCACUAGGAAACCUUGACAUCAACACAAUGGAAAUGAUUGAUGACUUCAACCCAGAAAACCUUGCAACACAGCCCAUAAAACAUCGCAGCAGCAGCUGGAGUGAGAGGCUCAAUCCCACCGGGUUUAGCAUUUGGAGUAGUAGUAAGGCAACAGCUUUAGUACCAGCCCAGCCUGAUGGGUCCCCUGACAGGCCUCCAUCCACCAGGGGGAUGGAGAAAGUCAUCCACUUGGCUGGGGUCAAGCUUCCUGGCAAAAGUGUGCAAGUGAAGAGACUAAGAGAAGAUAGCAGUCUAUCAGACCAGGAUGUUCUGCAGCAGUACUCCUGUGGUGUGAAACGAUCCAAAUCCGACCCAGAGCCAGAAACGUCGAUACCAAUCGGUCAGCAGCGGCCGCGCAACCGCUUUGCCACACUCUUGCAGAGGAGGAACCAGGAUAUCCAGGACCAAGGCCAGGUCAUAAGCAGCAGAUUCUUUAGCAAUUCCAGUUCAACUGCCAGCAUUAUAAAGGAAUCUGCUCAGGUGGGUUUCGUUUAUAGUGGGGAGCCCAAAGCUACAAGCCCUGUUGAGCGCACAUUGGACUCCGACCACAACAACUCAGGCUCUGAAGGCCCAGAAGUCCCUUCGGUGAAAACACCCAGUCCGCCUGUUUCUUCAAAUGACACUUCCUCCAAUUCAGUCAGUCGUGGUCUGAAACUAUUUAACUGGUCAGCCAAUUCGCCCUUUAUCGAUAGAUCACAGACACUCAAGUCCACUUCAGGCCAUGAUGCCUUGCGGAAGUUUCAGUAUAAGAAGUCUGCCAAGUCCUCCAUUGACAGUAACCUAAAAAUGGACGACAACUUUAUGGACUCUCCUCCAAACCAGGACAGCACCUACUUUUCUCAAUCUCAGCCUUCCCUUGUUUCCUUAAACAAAGACGAAACAUCUGGACCCAACUCUUUUCAUCCCACACAUCACCCGUGCUUUGUGGUACGGUGCAAUAAGGCACUGGUUUGGUUCCACAUCCGCUUUCUUGAUGACAAAAUUCCUGUGUUCGUGUGUGAGGACACAUCCAACUUUGUGGAUGCGCAGGUUGCAGGUCUAGCAAAGCCUAAGCACAAUAUUCUGGCUAAAGUCACAAAGGUGCAAGCAUUGGGCCCAGCUCGUGCCAGUGGAUUAAGGAAGAAAUCCUCCCAAAACAACGAGAACAACCCUGGUUCCCAAGCCACUAUUAGCAGCCUGUGGAAGAAUUACAGCUUCAAAAAGUAA